AUGGCGGAGGAACUAUUACUGGAAAACGAUGGCAAAAUCAGCACGCAUCUCACCAAGUCACUGCUGGCGGUGGCUAUCCUGGCAUCGUUCGGCAGUUCUAUGCUCUACGGCUUCAAUUUGGCUGUCGUCAACUCUCCUGCACAGUACAUUAAAGACUUCUACAAUGAGACGAUGAUAGAAACUUACGACUGGGCUCCAGAUGAGGAGCUCCUUACCGUCUUGUACUCCCUCACCGUGUCAAUCUUUGCUAUUGGUGGGAUGACCGGGGCCUUGCUAGUGGGCAGACUCGUUACCAAAUAUGGAAGGAAAGGGACGCUGGUGAGAUCCGCUGUGCUGGUGUUUAUAGGAGGAGCUCUUAUGGGCUUCAGCAGAGCAUGCAGGUUGCCAGCAAUGGUCAUCAUUGGGCGCUUCAUCACAGGAGUACACUCAGGUAUCUCUCUCAGCGUUGUGCCGAUGUACCUUGGUGAGAUCGCUCCGAAGAACCUGCGAGGUUUCCUGGGUCUCGUUCCCAGCAUCCACAUUUGUCUUGGGGUCUUCAUCGCUCAGAUCCUGGGGCUCCAUGAAACCCUGGGAAAGGAAGAGUACUGGCCUCUGCUCCUGUCCCUGGUGGUGUUUCCUACCACAAUCCAGCUGAUGCUGUUGCCAUGGUUUCCAGAGAGUCCACGGUACCUGUUGAUAGAGAAGGGAAACGUUCACGCCACUAUUGCAGCCCUGAAGUGGUACCGUACUAAAGGAAACAUCCAGGCGGAGGUUGAGGAGAUGCAGGAGGAGCAGCGCUCUCUGUCCUCCGUCCAGACUAUCUCUGUCCGUGGCCUGCUCAUGGACCGCUGUGUUCGCUGGCAGGUCAUCACCAUUGUGGUGGUCAACAUCGGCAUGCAGCUGUCUGGUAUUGAUGCGAUCUGGUUUUACACAAAUGACAUAUUUAAGAACGCAGGAAUCCCAGAACCUCAUAUUCAGUACACAACAGUGGGAACUGGUGCUAUUGAGGUCAUCUCUGGGAUGCUGGGGUGCUUUACUAUCGAGCGUCUGGGCAGGAGAUCUCUGAUGAUUGGUGGCUUCCUCUUCAUGGGAGUCUGCUGUACUGGGAUCACUGUGUCUGUCCUCUAUCAGGCGGAGCUGUCCUUCAUGCGCUACAUCAGUGUGGGCUGCGUUGUUGGGAUCAUUGCUGGCUUCUGCAUAGGUCCAGCUGGUGUGCCCUUCCUGAUCACUGCGGAGCUAUUUAAACAGUCGCACCGACCGGCUGCCUACACUGUGGCCGGUUGCCUCAACUGGCUGUCCAACUUCACCAUCGGCUUUGUCUUCCCCUUCCUAGAGAUAACCAUGGGUCCGUACUGUUACCUGAUCUUCUCUGUGAUCUGCUUUGGAGUGGCCAUCUACACCAUCAUCAUCAUUCCUGAGACCAGGAACAAGACCUUUGUGGAGAUUAGUCAGAUGUUUGCCGCCAAGAACAAAAUCCUUGAAGAAGAGUUAACUCCCAAUGGUCAUCUGAAAUUGUCUAUGAUGAACGGCUAUGGAACCACUGGCCACCAUGAUGAAAAAUAA